UGUGACGUCAGCCGAGACCGGGAUGUAAAAAGCUUGCGGCAGGAGCACGCGGGGCUGCACGAGGCCGGGGCAUCGCGGUGAUCAUCUGAAGCACGAGCUGUUUCUCAAGCCACGAAAGUUGAAUAUGAACGGAGAAAUGAACGGUUAUCAUAACGGAUUCAUCGACGAGGACUGCUUCUUAUUUACCUCUGAGUCUGUGGGAGAAGGACAUCCGGAUAAGAUCUGUGACCAGAUCAGUGAUGCUGUUCUUGACGCCCAUCUUAAGCAAGACCCAGAUGCCAAAGUGGCUUGUGAAACGGUAGCCAAGACUGGAAUGAUCCUGCUGGCAGGAGAAGUGACCUCUCGUGCCAAUGUGGACUACCAGAAGAUCGUCCGGGACACUGUUCGACACAUCGGCUAUGACGACUCCUCAAAAGGCUUUGAUUACAAGACCUGUAACGUGUUGGUGGCUUUGGAGCAGCAGUCUCCGGACAUUGCUCAGGGAGUACACUUGGACCGUAACGAGGAGGACAUUGGCGCAGGGGACCAGGGACUGAUGUUUGGCUAUGCUACAGAUGAAACUGAAGAGUGCAUGCCCCUCACCAUCAUGCUGGCCCAUAAGCUGAACGCCAAAAUGGCUGAACUGCGACGCAACGGUGUCCUGCCCUGGCUCCGUCCGGACUCCAAGACCCAGGUGACUGUGCAGUACAGACAGGACCACGGUGCGAUGCUCCCGGUGCGUGUGCACACUAUAGUGAUCUCGGUGCAGCACGAUGAAGACAUCUGCCUGGAUGAAAUGCGCGACGCCCUGAAGGAGAAGGUGGUUAAAGCGGUGGUGCCUUGCGUUUACCUGGACGAUGACACCAUCUACCACCUGCAGCCCAGCGGCCGCUUUGUCAUUGGCGGACCUCAGGGUGAUGCUGGAUUAACAGGGCGCAAGAUUAUCGUAGACACGUACGGAGGUUGGGGUGCUCACGGCGGAGGAGCUUUCUCUGGGAAAGAUUACACUAAAGUCGACCGCUCUGCUGCCUACGCUGCCCGCUGGGUGGCCAAGUCUCUGGUCAAAGCUGAGCUCUGCAGGCGGGUCCUCGUACAGGUAUCCUAUGCAAUCGGAGUGGCCCAUCCUCUGUCCAUUUCCAUUUUCCACUAUGGUACGUCGAAGAAAAGCGAAAGGGAGCUGCUGGAGAUCGUAAAGAAGAACUUCGACCUUCGUCCAGGAGUCAUUGUGAGGGAUCUGCAGCUAAAGAAGCCCAUUUAUCAGAGGACGGCUGCAUACGGUCACUUCGGCCGCGACUCGUUCCCGUGGGAGAUUCCCAAAAAGCUGCAGUACUAAACUGCCGUCCCCCUGAGUCCUGCUGACGUAAACUACAGAGAAGUCUGCAAGGCUGCAAAAGGGAGGCGGACGUUUAGACCAGCUUCGUCUUACACACAUCCAUUCAGAUUGUAAUUAAUAACUAAUGAGAGUUCCACAGGCAACUCGACCAAAAAAGGCAUAGUUAUAAAGAUUUAUCUUCUUUUUUUUUCAAGUCAUGAACUUGUCCUAAUUUUUUUAUUUCUCAUAAAGACCUCAUGCACACACAUGCACAUAAACAGAAAACGCCCCACAGACAGGUUUCUAGUUACCAUUAUAAAUUACUAAAACGGUUGGUUCUUGCUAUGCCUACAUCUACCCCUGCUAGAAAGCAGUCUUCCUUGUGGGCGGAGCCUACCAUCCCUACAAUGUCAAGACCAUCAGAUAAUCUUAUCUGUGUGAGGAAACAUGGAAACACACAAUCAAACCAAACGGCUUAGUUUCCUUAUUCUUAUGUUCUGAUUUUAUGCAUUAUUUGUUUUUUCCUCAAUCAUUACAUGUAGAUGGUGCUGAUGAAUGGAAGAGGAAAGAAAAACCCAUCUUUUUAAUUUUAAUGGGCAUUUUCUCAAUCAUGUACUUGCUUUGCCUUGUCGAGACUGAAAAAUGUGGCUAGUGUUUUACAGAGAAACUAGCCUUGUUUACAUGCUCUCUCUCAGUCUCGGAUGGCUUUUACUUUGGAGUCUUUAUUUUACCCCUUUCUGUUUAUUUAUAUCAUGUAACAAUAAAACAUAUUUGCAUUCUCCCAA